AGAGGAACAGCUGGCCUGAGGGUGCUAGUGAGAAGUGCGAGUGGUAAGAGGACAGGGAGACAGACAGAGGAGCUAAGAGUGUGAUACAGCACAAGAGACUGAGAGAGAGAGAGAGGGCAGUAGAUGGAGACAAAGUUUGGACUCAGAAUAAAGAGAAAGUGAGAAAAGCAGAGGCUGCAGAGGAGAAAGAGCAGAGACCAGAUAGGAGAUCAAGAGAAGUCAGGACAGAAGCGGACGUCCCCCGGACACAACCUUUCUCUCUUGUCCAGGGCAUGGUGGCAGAGUGCACAUGGAUCUAGUCGACCUCUACCUCCCAGAGUGUUUCACCUACCACUCUGACACAGAACACCUGGGCAGGAUGUCAGUGAGGGGCUUGGACCCCACCUGUCCCACCUCGAUAAAGUGUGAGCCCUCCAGCCCGAGCCCCAGCUCCCAGGGAGACGUCAGCCCGGCCCAGCCCAGCCCGGGAAGCUCCUCGUCGGAAACAAACUCAAGCUACGGGCCCCUGACAAGUAAGGUCCUCGGUCACAGCAAUGCACUGGACUCCCCCAGCCUCUACGGUCACACGGCGCCAUUGGCCAACAAUGGAGGAACAAACAGGAGGUUCAUUGAAGAAGAGGCCCAGGUGAAGUGUGAGUUCAUGCUGGGCUCGGUGGCCAAGCGGCUGUGUCUGGUGUGCGGUGACGUGGCCUCAGGCUACCACUACGGCGUGGCGUCCUGUGAGGCCUGCAAGGCGUUCUUCAAGAGGACCAUCCAAGGUAACAUCGAUUACAGCUGCCCAGCGUCCAAUGAAUGUGAAAUCACCAAGAGGAGAAGAAAAUCCUGCCAGGCCUGUCGAUUCGUGAAAUGUCUGGGCGUGGGCAUGUUGAGAGAAGGUGUGCGUCUGGACCGGGUGCGAGGCGGCAGACAGAAGUACAAGCGGAGGAUAGAUGCAGAGAACAGCCCCUAUCUGCACCCACAGAACGGCCUGCCCCAGAAAAAAACAUUCUCUAUUGGCGGCGCGGUGGAGAACAAAGUGGUGUCUCUGCUGCUGGUGGCCGAGCCCGAGGGCAUCUUCGCCAUGCCGGACCCCACUGUGCCCGAGAGCGACAUCAAGGCGCUGACCACCCUGUGCGACCUGGCCGACCGGGAGCUGGUGGUCAACAUCGGCUGGGCCAAACACAUCCCAGGGUUUCCCUCCCUCUCACUCGCAGACCAGAUGAGUCUACUGCAGAGCGGCUGGAUGGAGAUCUUGAUCCUGCGAGUGGUGUUCCGCUCGCUGGCCUUGGAGGACAAGCUGGUGUACGCCGAGGACUACAUCAUGGACGAGGAGCAGUCGAAGCUGGCGGGCCUGCUCGACCUUAAUAACGCCAUCCUGCAACUGGCGAAGAAGUACAAAACUAUGGGUCUGGAGAAGGAGGAAUUUGUGGUCCUGAAGGCCAUCGCACUCGCCAACUCAGACUCCAUGCAGAUCGAGGACGCGGAGGCAGUCCAAAGACUCCAGGACGUCCUCCACGGGAGCCUCCAGGAUCACGAGGCCACCCACCACCCGGAGGACCCUCGACGCGCCGGCAAACUGAUCAUGACCCUGCCCCUUCUCCGUCAGACGGCCGCCCGCGCAGUCCAGCACUUCUGCAGCAUCAAACAGGAUGGCCGCGUGCCUAUGCACAAACUGUUCCUCGAACUGCUGGAGGCCAAGGCCUGACCUGAGCAGAGACAGUGAUCAGCAAAGUGAAGGAUAACGGGUAAGGGUGGGGUGUGACGCCAUGUAUUUGUCCAUUUCAGCUUGCAUUUUAAAGGAAGGUUUUGAAUUUGCAGAAAGCAGCUGGAAUAUAUUUUUAGAGCCACACCUCUCCAGCCCCCAAUGAGUGUUUGGAAAAGCAGUCAUAUUUGCAUUUAGUGUCUUGACGCCAUUGGACGUUUGUCAUCUGUGCUGUUUGUGACAUUAAUCUAAGCUGCAUCGAAGGCCGAUGGCAGAUGACCAGAAAGCGUCAAAGCAGGAGAAAUCGCCUUCUAAAGAUAUUUACAGUAACAUGCCAAAAGUAGAGCUUCUUUUGUCAAAAGACCACCUGAUACUUGAAGAUCCUUGUGGAUUAUUUCAUCCAUCUUGAAGCCUGUUAAUAUGCAUUCUAGUGCAUUUAGAGCCUUUAUUGGGUAGAAAAGGGAAACAGAGGUUCAGUAAGGCUGCAUCCACUUUGCUGCGUUUUCAGUUACGCCUGGCAUCCACACUACUGCAGAGUUUUAAAAUGGAGAGUUUAGGAACAAUGCUUACCAUCCUAUAGCUUGAAAACUCCCGUACUGCAUUUUAGCAUAGAUGAGCAGGAACAGAGAGUUUCGGAGUUUCAUGCCGUAGCCUCCGCUAAUUGGUCAGGCUCCAAUCACAUGACCUCGGCCUAGAAGAAAACAUGUAGCAUUAGCCUCAGCUACCAGGGUAGAACACAACAUAGAAAAUCGACCACAAGCUUACCCUGUUGUCUUUGCUAACAGCUGUAGUGCAGAUUAAAAUUAGAAGACAAAAUAGUUUUCGAGAAAUUUGCAACAAUUGGUAUGUCCAGCUGGAUCGUAACACCAGUACGUAUAUGCCCAGUGGUCAUGUGAUGUGUGUUUUCAGGCAUCUUAUCAAAGAUUAAAUCAUUAGUGGAGUGAAAAGGCUCUCGUGGACAGAGGUUGUUUGAAAACGUAGCAGUGUGGAUGUAGCCCAAGUCUAGCCAAAGAGUAAAGACUCGUACUAUGGAAUAAUACCAGCAAACGUCCACAACAUUAUAAUGUGGCCUGUAAGACAUUCACAUAACCUGCAUCCCUGCUCUAUCAUGCAUUGCAAAAAUAUCUAUCCAGUGUGUGCAUUCAUAUAUAUAUAUAGACGAUCAAACGGGAGGGGCUGAGCUAUCAGCGUCUCAUAUAACACGAUAACCGGCCUCCUGUUCAGGGAACGAGUACGUAACAUGUCAUAAUACAACGGAACAACAGUAAUGUGAUAUUUAUUUAAAAGUGGCUCUAUUCUUUUGCUGUUUUUUUUUUUUGUAUUAACUAUCGUGGCAUUAAUAUAACAAAGAGUAGAUUAAAGCAAUUACAGUGGAUGAUAAUUUUUUAAAGAUUUUUAAAUGAUAUCGUUGUAAGAUAAUUUUUUUACUAGCUUCUCUGCUGCAGCACUGGUAUCUACGUGUACCAUAUCAUUAAGAAUCGAAGACUACAUGAUUAUAAGUGGAGUCUGUACUUGAACUUGAAGAUCCAUAAUGUCGUAGGGAUGUGUAGACCCGUAGAUUAAACUUUAACUAUGUAAUAAAAUGUCUGCCAUACUGUAUAAUCUGGAUUUUGGGAGGCGCUCUGUGUCCAUUCUAUGGUAGAAAUCGAUGUGUAGUAAGAAAUUUGUGCACUAUUUUUGCUUUUAGCGACAAGGUUUUGGGGUAAACUGGUGAUGGCGCUAUGCUAACCUAGUGUGUUUUGUGUGAAGAGUAGUUCUAUAUGAAAAUGUGUCCUUUUCUGCACAUAUUAAAUGAAGGGAUUAAACGCGGAAGUAAGGAAUCUCAGUACAUUUCAACAAAUAGCUGCGAUCCUUAUUUGACUCCUCAAUGCAAAGUACUGUCACUAUAACGUACAUAUUUUCUGAUGCGCGCAGUGAUAUGGCAGUUUUAAAUGUAUGUGCUGUAUAUACGUCAUGUCCUAUGCCAACAGAGAUGUUUAAAGAUGCAAAUAAGCUUUGUUUUGGAUGAGUUGUGCCGUGCUAUUUCAUUCUCAGGUGGAUUCUUGGGCAAUAAAGAUGUUCCCCAUAAUGAAAAGCUC